AUGUCAGCAGCGACGAAGUCAUUAACUACUAUAAUUAUUAUAGAUUAUACAUUUAAAAAAUACAUGACAACAGAUGCACAGAUAAUAAGCAAUUUUGGCUCAGAUUCGUGGGUUUCAGUUCACAAUUUACAAUCUCAAGGAGGUGGUAUUUUAGAUCCAGACGAUAAACUCAAUGACGUAGCAGACGAUAGAGAACAGAUCCUCGCCAGCUUCGAAGAUGGGGAAGGUGCCCAUAUCCAUGGAGGCGGUGAUGGAGCCAGUGGGAGUUCGGUCGGAACAGGAAGUCCGGAUAUUUUCCACGACGGUGAACACAAAUACGGACCAAACUACCCUCGCACCGACAUAGAAGUGACAGGCGAACAAAUAGCCUCGGGAGUACCAGUUCUUCAGGUCCGAAGAGGGAGUGAACCAAGUCUGAACCAACUACCCACUGGACCUCCCGCACCCUCGGAUCAUCCGAAACGUUGGAGUGCCGCACCCUUGAUUCUGGAACCGCCUAGUUCAGGAUACGCAAGUCCCGAUUGGAUGGACGACUCCAGGGAAGAGGAAGAGGAUCAUAGUUUUAGAAGGAUAGCGAGGGACGGAAGCAAUAGGCUGUCGAUGCAGUUUUUGGGCGUGGACGGUGCUGGUUACCGUUGGGCUGAGGCCGCAGAACGAGCAGCUGCUUCCAGACCACACAUAACGAGUUCCCUUCCUCGAGAAUCCAGACGGAAAGAGCCUUUGGGACAGGCUAACAAUUCUACGACGAUCGACGGCGAAGAAAUUAUUGUGAUACGAAAUGAACCCGGUCCCCUUGGCAUUCACGUCAUUCCAGAUUAUGAUACUUUGGGAAGAGAAAGAGGAUUGUUGGUCAAGGGAAUUGAACCUGGAGGAAGAAUCGAUAGGGAUGGACGAUUGGCUAUUUAUGACAGAGUGGUGGAGAUCAAUGGAGAAAACUUGAUCAAUAUGCCAUUCCAGAGGGUACAAGAAUUAUUUAAACUCUCGCUCACUUCUCCUGAAUUAAGACUGAAAGUAAUAAAGACGUCUGGACUCGAAGGUCUUCGCAAACCGCCCCCGCCGAUUUACCCAAGUUACCCCGACGACAAAGAAAACGUUUCGAUGGUAGAAUGCGAACAAAAACGACACCUUACAGAAAGUACAAAUACUAAAGUGGCGACAGUAUCUCCGACAAAAAAGGUUCCAGCUAUUUCUAAAAAUCUGAAAGGCCUUUUAACAGCCAACACCAGGAAGAUCGGUAGGAAAAUCGAGAUAGAACUGAUUAAGGGAAACCACGGCCUCGGGUUCAGCAUAACGACCAGAGACAAUCCAGCAGGAGGAAAGUGUCCCAUUUAUAUUAAGAAUAUCAAUGCUAUGGAUGUCGACUUGAAAGAAGUCCGCGAGGAGGAAUCUCCAGAAGAUAUACCACCCACCAUUCCACCGCUACCGCAAAGUCAUCUUCAAGCGCUUCAAAAUCGCACCCCCGAAAAGGGAUCAGUAGCAAAAAUCAUAUCGCAGUUCCAGGACGCUGUCAACGGCAAUCCUUCCGACCAAAUAGACGAAACUAUGGUGUUCCCAUGGAAACACCGCGAAAUACUAACCUUCAACAUCCCCGUGCACGACUCCGAAAAGGCCGGUUUGGGUGUAAGCGUGAAAGGUAAAACCAGCGGCACCAAAGACCUCGGUAUCUUCAUAAAAGGAGUUAUGUGUGGCGGAGCUGCUUCCAGAGACAACAGACUACGUACUAACGACCAAUUGCUCAAUGUCAACGGCAUAUCUUUGCUGCAGCAGACCAACAGCGAUGCUAUGGAGACUCUGAAGAAUGCCAUUCCGCAUACUGAAGGACCUGUCCCGGGUCACAUUACUUUAACGAUAGCUCGACGAGUAGAAUCGCCAAAUAAUAGCAGUAGGAAGAAUUCUCUUGAUAGUAUUUUGGGCAAUUCUACUGGCGACUCUCAAGAAAAAAGCGAAUCUGUAAAUAAUUCCGGCAACAGUGGUGAUUCCGCAAACACGGUAAUAUUCAAUCCACAUGGAGGCAUGGGCAAUAUUUCCGACAACAAAGCUCAAGUUAAUACCCAGCUCAAUGGGCAGCUCAACAGUCAAUUAAGUCCGAUGCAUACGUGGAACCCUGUUUUGGAACGAUUGACCGGUAACGGAAAGUUUCAACAACAACAGUUGCGGAAUGAGAGUUAUUACAAGGCUACUCACGACACUUGGACGAGUAGCAUGCUUGGAAAUAACUCAUUUGGCAACAUGUCUGGUACUACUGUAAAUAUCGCCACCGCUGAACCUAUUUUAAUAGAAGACGAGUAUGGAUCCAGGGUACUAACCCACUCUAAUCAACAUCAACAACAAAUCAAUGUUCAUAUUACUAACAAAGUCCCAACGAACAUAUCCGACAUUCGAACCGAACACGAACCCGACGGUAAGGACAACAAGACCACUUUAUCAGGCAGCAACGGUGAUAAAAGUACAGAUACUUCGUCACAAACGACAAUUCAGUGCACAGACGCAACGUACGCCAGCCAAUUGUCUCUAGAGAAUCCCAAAGGAUUUUCUAGAGAUGCUUUUGGAAGGCAGAGUAUGUCAGAGAAAAGACAUGCAACGUUGGAUGCCAAGAAUACCGAUACAUAUCAGAAAUCGAAGAAGAUUAGGGAGGAGAGGAAGAUGAAAGAAAUAAAUGCUGAUAAAUUAGGCCAAUUAGGACCAAGUUUAGGUAUGAAGAAAUCUUCAAGCUUGGAAUCGUUACAGACAAUGGUACAAGAGAUUCAAAUGCAAGAAGAAGGCGACCCAGCUUAUAGUUAUAGAGGUCCAAAUGGAGCUUUAAAAGUGAUCAGGGGGAAAGGCUGUGAAGAAAGCUUUAGGGCAGCUGUAGUGGAUCCAAAUCACCGAAGUGAGAUUGGUAAAAAUAUAAUAUUAGUCGCCAAAAAGCAUUGGUUACUGGACGGUCCAAUGGAAAACGAACGAGAAGUGGAUGGCUUUACCAAUAUACGAGGAGCUCCUAGGCAAUCUUCUCUGAAUGCAGCUAUUGAUAUAAAAAAUAAGUCAGCAAAGAAGAAACCCGGUAUAUUUAAAGGCAUUGGUUCAAUGUUCAGGUUUGGCAAACAUCGUAAACUAGACUUCCAAGCAGCAGAGUCUGCCCAACACUAUCACCACACAAAUGAAUUCGAUUCAAACGCCAACGUACCUCAACAACACCCCGCCGAUACCGAAAACAGGACGCAAAGCAGUCAAACAGAACGAACGCAAGAGAAUUCACAAAAAGUACCUCAAAAUAGCAACUCCCAGAACCAAAAUACUACCCAAGGUUCUCACCACCAGUCACAAGGUUCACAGAACUCGCACCACUCGCAGAGUUCGCAUAAUUCUUCCCAAUCGUCACAUCAGUCCCAGAACUCGCAUUAUCCGAAUUCGCAUGCGCAGAGCUCUCAUCAGUCAUCGACGACACAUCACCCUUCCCAGAACGUUCCCCAUCAAUCACAAAGCUCUCAUAUGGCAUCCCAGGCGCAAGGUUCUCAUUCUCAAAGUCGUUCUUCGCCUACAACAAACCAGAACUUACACCAUUCCCAACAGAGUUCGUCUCAUGGACAUAGAGAACAGCAACAUAUUAUACGGGAGCCGCUGUAUCAAAGGCAUGGUUACUUACACAGGCACGCUGAACAAGUCCAGAGGAUAGAUCCAUCAAAUGCUUACGUAGAGUAUGGAAGACCAGGAAGUAGAUCAGGCAUCACCGACUCAGUUCCAUUUACUCAUUACGUCAACUAUAAUGAACUCCAGAACCACAUUAGGUAUGAUACGGACUUUAAUGUAAAAAGUCGAAAACAACAUCAGUAUCAUUCACAGCGCCAAACAAGGUCAGAUAACCAACUGCGUCCCGUUUCCAACUACUACGAAUACGAAAGUAUCCAAUCUAUCCUCAACGGAGGCCGAUCCCGACAAAAUGCUCCCCAAACUACCUCCCAACAAUCAUCCCAUUACCAGCAAGAUGUUAAUUCGAAUUCUCUUCCGAGAAAUCAACCAGUACAGGGCAGACAUACGUCUGGUAGAGGAAGGGGUCCUUUCGUGACGCAAGUAACGAUAGGGGAGCAUCAUCAAAGUGGGACGAAAGUGUAAUUUUUAUUUUAGACGUAUAUUGUAUUUGGUAACUGUUUUAUACGUCUUAUUAAUAUGACGUCAUGCCAGCUUUAUAUUUGAGGUUAGGUUCAGAUUUUGAUUCUAAACAACCAAAUCGCUUUUUCGUUUGAUUUGUAUUUUUUGGAAACAUUAUUAAAUAAUCGAAAAUGCCGCACAAAAAUCUUUAAGAUGCGGCAAUAGACCAAUUGGUUUGUUUAGAAUUUUACGUCAACAAAAUAUGGUGGCAUGAUGCCAUCACUAAUAGAAUGGUCUCUUUUGGAAUUGAUGAACAUAUUGGUAAUAUUGCUACUGAAGUUAAUUUUUAUAAACGAUUGAUAAUCAAUCUGAUAUCAGUUACUAGGUUAAUCGACUGAUAUUCUCAUAUUAAUUGUGUUAUUUAUUGUUCAUCCUUACAAAUAAAUGAUUUAAUGGUUCAAAAAGUACUUUAAAUAAGAUUUUCUUCAAAUUUUUGAUUUGGGACACUAUUUAAUGCAUUAGAAUAACUCAUAAAUUAAAUUUGUGUAACCCUUACCUUCAGGUUUCUUACAGUUUUAUCAAAUAUUUUCCAAAUCUUUCAAAAUAUUUUCCAGAACUUUAGAAACUCCACAAAAUUUUAUUAGCGGAUCCUUUAUCAUUUUUUUGUUUCGUUCUGUCUCCGUUUCGACGUUAUUUCAGCAUGUCAUUAUAUACUUUGAGCCUGUUGGCAAUAUUUAAAAUUCUGUCGUUUUUUCACUAAUAAAAGCCUAACUAUUAAACCAAUCCUUCUUUAUUCUGACAUGUGCCUUAGCCACGUGGUACACCCAUCUCGAUUCUGAUUGGUUGACGUGGAAAUGUCGAUGUUUGCACAGAAGUCGGUAGGAUAUUUUAUGUAAGAUGUCCUAACAUCUUGACUUUUAUAUUAAAAUUAGACAGCAACUGUUAGCCAUUUAUAUUACGGGUAGAAUGACUUAUACAUCUCAAAAUCGUAAAACAUGUGUGAUUUGUCGGAUUUUGCAUUUAGACGCGUGUUUUGGAAAGUAUGUUUUUUUUACUCCAAACAUUUCUGUGGCGAAUUAAACAAACAAUGAACUAUUGCAAGAUAAUUAAUAAUAAUUAAAUUAAUAUCAAGUUUAUUUCCUUCGAUAGACUGGAGAGAUAAAUGAACUUUAACUCAUAGGUGCAAAUAAUCAUAAAAUUUUAAAUGGUUGCAAUAAACAAUCAAAACCAAUUUAUAGGUUCAGGUAAAACUAGGUAAGACUUAUCGGUAAUUGAAGUUGAUUACCAUGGUUUACACUAUUUUAUGAAUCAACGAACAAAACGAAUUUAAUAUGUCUGCAUUGGUUCAUUGUCGAGUUGCGUCUGUCCCGCUUAUCGACGAUCACGCUCUUGUGGUUCGCGAGAUGCAUUCUCCAAUCGGUACUAUAGGAAUCGAAGGGAUACAGGGAAGACAAGUGUAUCGAUUAAUUUACACGACUAUAUUUGAAUUUAAACAAUUUCAAUGAAUCAAAUUCUUUGUAUUUUCUCUCUUAAUUAAUACAAAAUUAUAAAACUUCAAAAUUCUUUUGAAAUUUAUUUAUUCUGUCAUUCUGAAAUUUGAAGGAAAUCUUAAUAACACACAUUACCUUACAAAAAUUUUGUGUUACAGCAAUCAUUCACGUUAGUAUUUGAUUUUUAUACUAAAAUUUAAAUUGUAUUGAAAUAAUUUUAUUUACAUUUAAAAUAUUUCAGCCCUUUUGCUGAACUUAGGACGUUAUUGUAAAAAGUAAUUGUGAUAAUAUUGAACGUAAUUGUAGUUAUAUUAAAAUCGAUUUUAUUCCAUACAAAACUUAUAAAUUAUUUACAAAAUGUAAAGGAAACAUUGUUAGAAAUUUAUACAAAAAUCGGUUAAAACAGAUGUUGAUAUGUCUUUUGAAGUUUUUUUUAUUUCUGAAUUUUAAUUUCUUAAUGUCCUUUAGUGGUAGUUUUUUGGGCGUGUGAUUAUAGGGCGGUUCGAUAAGUACUUGCCUUCAAAUGAAAAACGAAAAUGUUCGAAAAGUGUUAAAUUUAUUUCUUAACAGUCUCGUUUUAGCUCAAUACACAUAACCCAGCGUUGCUCCAACUUUGGCGAGUGGCUUUGUUAAGGUUGCAAACAAAAAGAAUUCUCACGGGGCGAAAACUGGAAAAUACGGUGGAUGGGCCAGUAAUUCAUAGUCCAAUUCGACUGAUUUGGUCUUGUGACUGCGGAGGUGUGAGCCGAUGCGUUGUCAUGGUAGAAGAGCACUUUUUUUUCGCCAAAAAGUAAUUCGCCUUGUUCGGAGCAUGUUCGCCGGAUGAAGUGCUGUGUUUCGAGUGUUUCUUAGUCUCUGGUGUGUACCAGUGGAUACCUAUUUCGUGGACGGUCACGAAAUGACGCAGAAGUUUCUUGGAAUUUCAUUUAAACCGCGUCAAAACUCAUCUAAAGUGGUCUUACGGUUGCGUUUAUUGUCCGGUGUUAGAAAACGCGGCAGUCAUCGCGCCUACAGCUUUCUUAUGCCCAAAUUUUCGUGCGGAUAUAACCCACGGUGUCUUUUGAUAUGUCUACGAUCUAGCAGAUCGUGAAAUUUUGACAUUAGCCAUCGAGUAGAAUGUACUACACGAUAGUACAUUUCUCUUGCUAUAGUGGCGCCAUCGGACGAUGAAGCGAAGUACUUAUCGCCGUCGUCAUAACAGUUUAUAUAUUAUAUUCAGCUCGAUAGCUCAAAAAUUAGCUCAACUAUAUACGCCUUUAAAGAUUAACGUAAAUUGUAUCUAGUGGCUUUAACAAUUUUAUCCCCACUGUACUAUUAAAGUACAAAAAGACUAUUAAAUUGGAAAUAAAAAAAAUUGGCAUAUAAACCUCUGCAAUUACAAUAUCGAUAGCUAAGAAAUUGCAGGCAAUUCUACUUAUCAUAUUUUAUUAUAGUAAUGAUUCUUACGUAUGUCAAAACUGUUUUUACAUUUAUUAUAAAUAAAUCAUUAAACCGUCAUUAGUAAAAAUUUUCAACCAUCUGACGAUGCUUUAAUAUUUUUGUUUAUUAAACUAUUAAUUUAUAUUUUCUUUAUAUAAAUACUUCCUAGAAUUCCGCAAACAAAGUGAUUCACAUAAAUAUAAAAUAAUAACUUUACCUACUACAGUAUUUCUUUAAGUAAAUUUUUUAAACUUUUUUUUUUGUUCUAAAAUCGUUUCAAUAUUUUUUGUAUAUUACUCGAAUUAUGUGAAUCACUAAUGUCGUAAUUGUCAUUCCAUAUUAAACAUUCGAAAUAUGUAUGUAUUUUAACAUAUGUGCUCAUAAUUUUAAAUGUAUUGAAUGAGGCUUUUGCCAGUUCUUAUAUUAAAUUGAUUUUAUUAUGUACAUAGACAGUAUAUUUUAUAUUGUAAAUAAAUAUAUAUUUUAU